AUGAAGAGCUAUUCGUAUCUCUAUUCUGACAAUGCAAUUGUAGCAAUCGGAUUAUUUACUAUUGCUGUAUUGAUUUUAAGAUUUGUAUACCAGAAAAUAUAUGAUGCAUUCUUUGGGCCUUUGAGCAAAAUACCGGGACCAAAGCUCGCAAUAUUGAGUGCUCUUCCAUAUUUAAUAACUGCAUAUCGAGGCAUAAAAUGGCGUUGGAUUCAGUUUGAAUUGGUUCCCAAGUACGGGAAAAUGUUUAGAGCAGCUCCCAAAGUGGUAGUUACUUAUGACAAAGAUAUUGUUAGAGAGAUAAUCGUUAAAGAAGAUUGGCCCAAAAGUGAUUUCUACAGAUUGUUUAGUGCUGCGCCUUAUGUGCGUACACUGUUUUCAGUCUAUGAAAAAACACAGCAUAAGCAAAAUCGACGACUAUUCUCACCGGCUUUCGCAAUCAAGCAUCUUUGUUCUCUUGAGCCGUUUAUAGCCAAGUGUAUCUGUAAUUCGAAUAAAAAAAUUAAUUCAACAAUAGGGGCAAGUCCGUCGUCUGAUGGAAUCGUAAUAAAUUUUUACAAGAUGAUUGUUGAUAUGACUCUGGAUAUAGUUGGUUACACUGCAUUCGGGACAAAUUUCAAUGUUGUUCAAGAAGAAAACCAUCCCUUAGCCAAAGAAAUUGCUGUAGAAUUGAACAAACGUGCCAAGAGAAAGUCAUUUCCUAUAAUGACACGGUUUCUGAAGAGCAACAUUUAUCUUUAUGAAUUUGCAACUAAACUCAUCAGUCAACGUCGUCAAGCAAAAGACUCUCUCCACAAGGAUCUUUUUCAGAUUAUUCUUGAUGCCCAAGAUACAAAAGAUGCGUCUCCUAGUAUUGACAUGCAUGAACAGAUUGUUGAAUUUAUUGUCGCUGGAAGUGACACGACAGCCUUUAGUACUUUUUAUACUUCGCUAAUGCUCUUGAAACAUCCGGAUAAGAUGCAAAAGCUUGUUGAGGAAUUUGACAGGGAAUUUGUCGAUUUACCAAAAGAUGAGUUACCAAAGCACGACAAGUUAAAGACACUACCAUAUCUGAACGCUGUCGUAAAUGAGGGGUUGAGGUUAUGGCCUGUUACGAUAGGUAUAGCGCGUACACCAUCAGAGGAUACAGUUAUUAAGGGAACACUAUUCCCAAAAGGCUGUCUUGUACUUUCAGAUAUUUUUGCACUUCAUCGUUCUACCGAAUACUGGGGCGAAAACGCAGAUGAGUUUGUUCCUGAACGAUGGUUCGAUCCUAAUGUUCCACGCGACGCAUAUUAUCCAUUUUCAGCUGGUUCAAGAAAUUGCAUUGGACAAAAUUUUGCUUUAUUAGAAAUGCGUCUUAUUAUCGCAUCGAUAUUCAGACGCUUCAGAGUUGAAGACAUCUCAGGACAAGACCAUUGGGAUAUUGUGCAAUACUUGAUACCGUCUCUUGCCAAAUCCGAGUACAACCACUAUAAAAAAGAGAACGGUGAAUGCCGAUGCGAUUUAAUUCUCGAAGAUAACAGUAAACGAGGCAUCGAAUUCAAUAACAAGAAUAGCGAACGAAUGAAGCAGAGACUUAUCAAGAGCGGAGAUGUCAUCGGUUUAAAGCUGAAGGAUCAAACAAUCAGAUAUCAAUUCAAGGUGCUCAUUGAAGAUGACAUAUGUAGAUUUGAGGAUAGGUAUAAAGUACUUGAAUGGGUCGGUAAAGGCCAAUUUGCUCAUGUGCAUAAGGUGGAACUCAUCGGCACAGGCAAGACAUUUGCUGUAAAGACGUUGAACAAAACGACUAUCGUCAAUAAUGAUAAAUUACUCAAAGCACUUAAAAGUGAAACUGCAAUUAUGCAGAAUGUUAAGCAUGACAAUAUUACCAAAAUAUUCGAUACGUUCGAUACUGGAGAUGAAUUCAAGAUUGUAAUGGAAUGGAUACCAGAAGGGGAGUUAUUUGAUUUAAUUGCCAGUAAGAAUGGACUAACUGAACGACAGACAAGAACGAUAUUCAAGCAACUUUUUGAUGCUAUUCAGUACCUUCACGAAAUGCACAUAGUUCACCGUGAUCUUAAACCAGAGAAUAUUCUUAUGGUUAGCAGAGAAGACCUUAUUGUAAAAAUAGCAGAUUUUGGAUUAGCUACUUGGAUGCAUGAUCGUUCAGUGCGAAUGUCCACGCUAUGUGGGACUCCAACAUAUGUCGCACCCGAAAUAUUGACACCUAAACCAGUGCGUUCCUAUAAUGCAGCCGUUGACAUGUGGAGUCUAGGAGUAAUCUUGUACAUAACUCUAUGUGGAUUCCCUCCAUUUUACAAAGCAAACGACAGGAUACCGCUUGCUGAUCAGAUAAGGACAGCCGAUUAUUCCUUUCCCAUGGAUCAUUGGGGAAAGAAAAGUCUUAAUUCACGGAAUCUCGUAAAAGAGUUGCUGAAAAUCAACCCACGUGAGAGACUCACUGCCGUUGCAGCAAGGGAACAUCCGUUUAUGACGAACCCAGGACCAAACGAUGAUUUGCUGCCAACACUUGCUUUGAUGCCGAGCAACAAUUCUGCCGACUCGUUCAAUCAAUCUCCUAUGCCGUCAGUAGCUCAGUCCACGUUGUAUUUGUCGACCCAUGAACAACUGCCUCAAGUAGAAAACACUGCGGAAGAAACCGUUCCCGUGCAGGCGGCCAGCGCGCCAUCACCACCUCCUUCUAUUACCCGCAUUUUGACAAUCGAACGGGCAGCAAAUAAUGAUGCACCUGAAACGCGUCUUUCUGAGCUGCCAGUUGAUACGAAGGAUUACUCACAGCUUGCAUUUAUAACAACUGGUGUGUUGGGUGGCGAAGAUGCCACCAUUUAUAGAACAGCCCAUGAGGAGUUACCUGAUGGGGACAUGUUUCCUUGA